CUGUUUUCCUAUUCCAUUUGCACGCACAAACAAUUGCAUCACGAUCUUCCCGGCUAGCACAAUCGUGAUGACAAUUUGUAUAUAUUUUUAAUAAAUAUUUCAAUUAAUUAUUAUAAAGAGACAUAUUAAGAGUUAAGCUAGGUGUGUAAAUUUUUGUGAAGUAUGCAAAAUUCUAAAUGUAGUAUUAAUUUACUUAAUACGCUCGCGCGAAAUCUCAAUCUACGUGCAACUACAACUCAUUCGCCACUAAAUGUUUCCACACAGACUGUGACCAAAUAUGUGCACCUUAGUAGUUACGUACAAGCACGCAACAAGAAGACUGGACCACAGCAUGUUUCCACACUUUUCAAACCGGUACCAAUGCCGAAAACUGCAGACGAGCAUGAUGUGGGCUCCGAAAUGGUUGGUAAACUGGACAAAGCAGAAUUGUUGAAGAUUCUCAAUAAAUUUACGCAGAAGCGUGAAAUCAAACUUUUAUGUGUGGAAAAUGGACUUGAUUCUUACUUACAACAACAAGCGUUCGCCUCGUUUCGCCGUUAUUGCAUUGAGGCAGAAAACCUGCCAGUGGACUUGCACAUAACCAUUAGUGAUAUUUUACAUAAUGCGGGGCACAUAGACGACAUCUUUCCAUAUUUCUUGAGGCACGCUAAAACCAUCUUCCCUCAUUUAGACUGUAUGGAUGACCUGAAGAAAAUCUCAGACUUACGUACACCAGCCAAUUGGUACCCGAGUGCACGCGCAAUAACCCGCAAAAUCGUGUUUCACGCCGGACCGACAAAUUCCGGGAAAACAUACCAUGCUAUGGAACGGUUUUUGACCGCGAAAUCCGGUGUGUAUUGUGGUCCGCUAAAACUACUAGCCACUGAGGUGUUCAACAAAGCUAAUGAUAGGGGUACACCCUGUGAUCUGGUUACGGGUGAGGAACGUAAAUUUGGCAUCAAUGAAGAUACUCCAGCAAAUCAUGUAGCUUGUACUGUUGAAAUGACAUCGGUCAACACGCCCUAUGAAGUUGCUGUUAUCGAUGAAAUACAGCAAUUGCGUGAUCCCCAACGUGGUUGGGCUUGGACUCGUGCCUUUCUUGGUCUUAUCGCCGAUGAGGUGCACGUUUGUGGUGAGUCUGGUGCCUUGGAGCUAUUACAAAAGAUUUGUGAAACUACAAAUGAAACCGUUGAAGUGCAUAACUACGAGCGCCUGACCGAACUAACCAUCGAGGAUUCCGCAUUGGGAAGUCUAGACAAUGUGCAGGCAGGCGAUUGCAUUGUGUGUUUCAGUAAAAACGAUAUUUACUCAGUGUCGCGCGAAAUUGAAGCGAGGGGCAAAGAGGUAGCAGUAAUCUAUGGAGGCUUACCACCAGGCACUAAAUUGGCACAAGCCGCAAAGUUCAAUGACCCCGAGAAUAGUUGUAAAGUGAUGGUAGCAACAGAUGCGAUCGGCAUGGGUCUAAAUCUGAGCAUACGACGCAUCAUCUUUUACUCAAUAAUCAAGCCCUCAAUGAACGAAAAGGGUGAACGUGAAAUCGACACAAUAUCAAUAUCUUCAGCGCUACAGAUUGCCGGUCGCGCCGGGCGUUUUCGUACGCAGUGGGAGCAUGGUUAUGUCACCACUUUCAAAGCGGACGAUUUACAAACUUUGCGCAAAAUCUUGUCACAGAAACCUGAACCACUGAAACAAGCUGGCCUGCAUCCUACCGCUGAUCAAAUUGAGCUGUACGCUUACCAUCUGCCAAAAUCUACACUCAGUAAUCUAAUGGAUAUAUUUGUGAAUUUGUGCACUGUCGAUGACUCCUUAUACUUUAUGUGCAAUAUUGAGGAUUUUAAGUUUUUAGCUGAGAUGAUUGAACACGUGCCGUUGGCACUGCGUGCGCGCUAUGUCUUCUGUUGUGCACCCAUUAACAAGAAAAUGCCUUUUGUGUGCUCCAUGUUCCUUAAAAUUGCCAGACAGUAUAGCCGCAAUGAACCGAUCACUUUUGACUUCAUCACACGCAAUUGUGGUUGGCCCUUUGCUUUGCCCAAAACAAUCAUUGAUCUAAUGCACCUGGAAUCGGUGUUCGAUGUGAUGGAUCUAUAUCUAUGGUUAAGUUAUCGUUUUAUGGAUUUAUUCCCCGACGCAGCAGCGGUACGUGUCGCACAGAAGGAACUGGAUGAUAUAAUACAGCAGGGAGUCUUUCAAAUUACGCGCCUGCUGAAGAAUUCAGAGGCUAGUCAGAGUGCUGCCGAUGGAGAUAUGACAUAUAAUAUACGAAGAUCAACACAAAUGCGUGAACCACGUUUACCAAGCUCAUCACGUGGUCGCCUAACAGAGCGUUUAAUAGCGCAAGGUUUACUCACACCCGGCAUGCUGAGUGAGCUGCGUAAAGAAUGGGACGCACAGCAACAAUCUCUAGCACAAUCGACUAUCGAUAGCGCCUUCGAUACGGAUGAUGAAGGCAAUAGCAGUGGGUUCAAGAAGAUGCGGCGAAAGCGACGCAAGUGAACUGCAAUGUAAUUGCUACAAAGAAAACGGACUUUAUUUAUAUAUAUAUAUAUAUGUUAACUCAUUUGUACUCGUGUGUGGUGAAUUGCGUAUAAUUAUAUAAAUAAUUAUUUUCCUACAAAAUUUAAUGGUGUCAUAUUUUUACUGAGCGCCAAUGAGAGUUGUAGUAGACAAAAACUGCUCAGAAACUAAAUAUGAACUUUUGUGUUAAGCCAUUUAGAUGUAUGUAUAUACGUAAUAAUAAUAAAGAAGGCAGCCAAACUGCAGAGUAGUUGAAAAA